AUGGCGAGCGCAGAUGCGUUGAAAGCUGAGGGCAAUGCGCUAUUUGCUGCAAAGGACUUCCAAGGCGCUGCUGAGAAGUUCAGCGAAGCCAUUGGCGUCGACCCAUCAAACCACGUCCUCUACUCCAACCUUUCUGGCGCCUACGCUUCGCUCAAAGACUACCAAAAAGCGCUCGAGGCGGCCACCAAGACAACUGAGCUCAAGGCAGAUUGGUCCAAGGGCUGGGGACGAAAGGGUGCAGCUCUUCAUGGAACCGGUGACCUCAUUGGCGCCGUCGAGGCAUUCGAAGAGGCGCUGAAGCUAGACGCCAACAACGCACAAGCUAAGAGUGGACUCGCGGCUGUCAACCGCGCAAUCGAGCAAGAGGCUCGUGGCGAUGGCAUCGAUCCCAGCGGUGGCCUGGGCAACAUGUUCAACGAUCCGAAACUGAUUGAGAAGCUCGCGGCAAACCCAAAGACGAGUGGAUUACUAGCGGACGGUGAAUUCAUGCAAAAGCUACAAAACAUGAAGAACAACCCGCAGGCGAUGCAGCAGGACAUGUUCUCGGAUCCGCGCUUCCUACAGGUCAUGGGUGUACUGAUGGGUGUGGAUAUGAACUUUGCGGCGACGAAUGAUGCGGACGCUGCAGCAAAGAAGUUUCAGGCGGAGCACGAUGGGGAUGGAGAGGAUGUGGACAUGCCAGAUGCUGGUCGACCCAAGCCAACGGAGCAGAAGAAGGCACCUGAGCCCGAGCCAGAACCCGAACCCGAGGAUGAAGAGGCGAUUGUGAAGAAGCAGGCCAAGGCAGAGGCCGACAAGGAGAAGGCAUUGGGCACGGAGAACUACAAGAAGCGCAACUUUGACGAAGCGAUCGCACACUACACCAAGGCCUGGGAGACACACAAGGACAUCACCUAUCUCACCAACCUGUCCGCCGCACACUUCGAAAAGGGCGACUACGCUGCUUGCAUCGAGACCUGCAAGCAAGCUAUCGAGUACGGUCGUGAAGUCUAUGCCGAUUUCAAGCUCAUCGCCAAAGCAUUCGGCCGUAUGGGUUCCGCGUAUGAGAAGCAGGGAGACUACACCAACGCUGUCGAGUACUACAACCGCUCUCUGACCGAGCACCGCACACCCGAGAUUCUUGCCAAACUUCGUGCUGCUGAGAAGACCAAGAUCACAUCUGAGCGCGACGCCUAUAUUGACCCCGUAAAGGCUGAGGAGGCACGCGAGCUGGGUAACCAGAAGUUCAAGGAGCUCGACUGGCCUGCCGCGGUGGAUGCGUACACAGAGAUGACCAAGCGCGCACCCAACGACCCUCGCGGGUUCUCCAACCGCGCCGCCUGCCUCAUCAAGCUACUCACUCUCCCCUCCGCCGUUGCAGACUGCGACGAGGCGAUCAAGCGCGACAAGAACUUCAUCCGCGCCUACCUCCGCAAAGCACAAGCCCUCUUCCUGAUGAAGGAGUUCAACAAGUGUCUGGAUGUUUGUGCCGAAGCUUCCGAACACGACAUCGACGGUAAGAACGCCCGCGAGAUCGAGCAGCAGCAGCAAAAGGCCCUUCAAGCACAAUUCUCCGCCCGCGAAGGCGAGACGGACGAGCAGGCUCAGGAGCGCAUCCAGCGCGACCCGGAUAUCAUGGCUAUCUUGCAAGACCCUGUCAUGCAGAGCAUUCUGCAGCAGGCCAAGGGCGACCCCGCUGCUCUGCAGGAUCACAUGAAGAACCCGGCGAUUGCGAUGAAGGUGCAGAAGUUGAUGGCUGCGGGUGUCAUCCGUAUGGGUGGAAGAUAG